GGCCAUGUUGCCUCGCUCCUGCUUCUUGUUGUUGGAGGCAGAUCUGCGCGCCUGCGCACCGCGAGCCUGGCAGCGCGACCUACUAACAUCCUGUUUGUUAAUAUUAAUGAGCGAGGGGCCAGGCCGCCUUUGAUUGGCUCCCGCUCUCAGUUUCCAGGACAACCGAAACAAAACGAAUAGUGUCGUUGACUGCACAAGUGCACGACUCUUAUAGCUUUAGACAAAUUGAUUAAUACUUUUGGAUUAUUUUUUCUAUUGAAAAAUGGACGGAGAGUCAGGAAACGAGGUGAAGAAUGACACAGAGAGGGUGAUAUUAGCACAUGUCUCCAAUGAAGAGGACAUGUCUGCUGUUACUGUAAAUGGGAAUGAAAAAGAAGGUGUCCCAGCUGAAGUGGUUGCAUCAGAUCAUGAUGAAGAACAUUCUGAAAGUGUGAACGCCACUGAAGAGGCCCCCGUUGAAGAAGCAGCCACCUCUGAGCCAGAGGAGAACGGUGGGGACGAGGUCCCGGCUGUCAGCUCCGUCAUCACAAGUGAAGACUUGGCUGUGAAGAUGAGUGAAGAGCCAACGUCCCACGAGGGCAGCGUUGUUUUUGAGAUGAACGGCAACAAUGACGAUGGACCCCCCAGACUGCAUCUUGAGAGCCCGGACAGAGAGAACAUCAGUCCUACACAGGUGGAGGAAGGUGAGGCCGAGGAAGAGGAGCCCACUGCUGCUCCUGCAGACAAGGAGGAAGUGAACUCUGAAGCACUUGUGCAGCUCCUCCAGGAUCUGUGCGAGGGGAGAGAUAAAGCCAGCCAACACAGCAGCCGACUGCAGAUGAAGCUGGCAGAGUACUUCCGCAAGAAGGCCGGUGACGACGGCCAGCUGGAGAGAGAGCUGCCGGUGUCAGAGCAGCUGCAGGAGUAUGAGAAGCACGUUAACAUCCUGACCGACCUGAAGCAGCAGCUCAUCGCUGACUCAGAGACGGCUGAGCAGCAGGCGGAGGAGCUGAGCUUCCAGUCCCAGGAGAAGCUGGAGAAGGUGGAAAAUGAAUGGCGAGCUUUCGUGGCACUGAAACAGGAUGUAGCUGUGACAGCACUAAGCCGACGCCUCGGUAAGCAAGCUGCUCAGGCUAAAGUCGAGUCCACCCUGGCGGCAGAGCAGCUUCGACAGGAUCAGCUAAUCAAGCUGCGCCUGAAGCAAAUCAAGCUGAGGAUCAAGAUUCGCAGGCUGGAGGCAGAGCUCCGUGACCGGGAAGAACACGCCAGGGACCCCCUGCAGCUCCGGUUUGAGCAGCUGCAGGCUGAGAGGCUGGAGCUGAAGAAACGCGCCGAAAAGCAAAACGAGGAAUCGUUAAAGCCGCAGAGGAAGAUCAGCUGCAGUUUGGAGCUCCUGUCAAACAUAAAGGAGAAGCUGUUCUGGAGUCAGGCGGUGGUCCGGGCCAAGCGGGAGGAGCUGGCUGAGGUGGAGGCCGCGGUGGCCAGGAAGAGGGACCUCCUGACCAGGACAAAGCAGGCACGCAACAGCCUGCAGAGAGACAACCUGAGGCUGAAGGAGGAUCGGGGACUGCUGGGGAACAGGGUCUUGCUGCGGGACUUUGAGGACACUGUGGACGCCUCCGACCACCUGGAGGAGCAGCUGGAGAGCCUAAAGGGCCAGCAAGCUGAGACUGUCUUCAGCUGCUGAGGAUGGAGGAAGAAGACGUAAAGAAUGGAGGCAGAGGGAAACACAUCGCCUAGCAUUGCCCAAAGUUCUCAUGUGUUUGCGUGAAUGCCAGUUGCUGCUAUUGCUGCAAUUUGACAUUGAGGUGACUGAAAUCAGCCUUUUAUGAGACCGAG